AUGCUGAAGGCUCAUAAGAAGGGUAUCCGGCGUGCUACUGUGAACACUUUUGGGUACAUUGCUAAAGCCAUUGGUCCACAAGAUGUCCUGGCAACUCUACUGAACAAUCUCAAAGUGCAGGAACGUCAGAACCGUGUUUGCACCACUGUGGCAAUUGCAAUAGUAGCUGAAACCUGUUCUCCUUUUACGGUUUUGCCAGCACUGAUGAAUGAGUAUCGUGUUCCAGAACUUAAUGUGCAGAAUGGUGUUUUGAAAUCCCUCUCUUUCCUGUUUGAGUACAUUGGUGAAAUGGGGAAAGACUAUAUCUAUGCAGUGACCCCGUUGCUCGAGGAUGCCCUCAUGGACAGAGAUCUGGUUCACAGGCAAACUGCAGCUUCUGCUGUCAAGCACAUGGCUUUGGGAGUAGCUGGAUUGGGCUGUGAAGAUGCGUUAGUCCACUUGUUGAACUAUGUCUGGCCAAACAUAUUGAGACAUCCCCGCACGUUAUAA